AGCUGGCCCGUGCGGGCCCUCGCGGGCGCUCCUGCCGAGCUGCCCUUCGGUGCCGCCGUGCCCGCUCUGCCCGGCAGCGCCUCCGUGCCCCGCCUGCCCAGGGUGCCACUGCGCCCGCGGGAAGGCGGCGAGCCCGCCUGGGUGGGCACCUCCGAGGCCGCGCCGCAGUGCGACGCGCUGGCCGCCGCGGUGCGGGAGGUGGCGGAGCAGAGCACGGUCUGCCUUGACGCCGGCUGGCUCUGCGCGGCGGCGCUGGUGCUGGGGCUCGGGCUCGGGGGCCUGCUGACGCGCGUCUGGCUGAUCCCGGGCUGCCGGGCGAUUGUCCGCUACGCCGAGGACGACCUCUGGCACGAGCGGAUCCUGUUCUACCCGGCCGCAUCGGACGUUGAGGGCGGGGCCUGCUGGGUCGUCCUGACCCUGGACGGCGACGUCUACAUCGAGGAGCUGGAGGGUGGCUCGCCGGACGACAGCCCCGUGGAGUGGCAGAUCGUGGCGCGAGACUUGCGGCUGCCGCCAGGGCUGUGCCGCCCGCGCCGCUUUGGGGGGGACCAGCCGGGGGAGCUGCGGGCCCUGCAUCGCCGGGCGCAUGCGGCUUCGACGGCUGACGCUCGGGCUCGCGGGCUGCAGCUGCCGGCGCCGCAGAUGAUCCGCACCCAGCAGGGCCGCGACGUCACGGUGGAGGAGGCGUUCGGCCGCAAUUUCUUCGGCGGGCGGCGCGUGACCGGCAAGCAGGGCGCGCCUGCCGCUGGGGGCGCGCUGGCGGACGGGACGGGCGUGCCGGGCGACCAGGAGGAGGACGACGGCGACGCCCUCGCCGUCCCCGCGGUGCCCGCCUCCGCGGGAGGCACCGCGACUCCGCCUCCGCCAGUCUGGCGCGCCGCGGAGCCCGACAGCUCGCGGCCGAUCGAGGUCGGCGACUGGGUCGGAACUCCGAGUCUGGCCUUGCACGAGCGCGGGCUGUUCGAGGUGGCGCCUGGGCGGGCCAUCGCGGUGCACCUCGCCGCCCUCGACAAGGACGCCUUCGUUGCCUCUCUCAGGCCCGCCGCCUCGUCCGGCGAGGCCCCCGUCGGCGGCGCGGCCGCGACGAGCGACGCCCGCGCCCUCCCGGUGAGGACGGGGUCGCGCGGUCGCGGGCGCGAGUGGCGCGACGUGGUGGACUCGUGCGAGGAGGAGCCGUUCGGGGACUUCCCCGUGGCAGGUCCAAGGUCGACUUCGCGGCGCCUCGACUUCCUUCGGCGGCGGCACACUCCGACGGACCACCACCUGAUGUUCAAGACGACGGCCCGGCUCCAGACGGAGCAAUGGGGCGUUCAGGAGCACGAGCAGCUCAUGAAGUACCUCGAGCUGGCCGGCGCCUACGACCAGCUCGACCUCGGCAACUGUGCCUUCGCGGAGGCGAUCCUCCGCCGGGCGCAGACCAUCGAGUGGGCGUACCACGAUCGGCUGCGUGAGGCGGACUCCGCGAGUUCGAAGGAUAAGAUGAGCCCUGAGGAGUUUGCAGCGUUCAGCGGCUUCAGCAAGGCGGGCGACCUCCUCACGGUCGCCCCACAGCUGCUGGAGUACGUCAAGACCCAGGUCGAGAAGGACGCCGCCAUCAUGAAGAACAUUCGCAAGGCACGAGAGGAACGAGAACUCCGCCGCAAGGGCCCCGAGGAGUGCAACCGCGUCAUCGGGGCCCUCAAUGACUUGGCCGGGAGGCCCCAGGCGCCCGGCGCCCCGGGCCUGGCGGAGCGGCUUCCCAAUCGGCUGGUGCAUGAGCGCGACCGCCGCGCUGCAGUCGAGCUGGGCCCGCCGCCACCCGACCUCACUCCCGCGGGAGCCGGCAACACCCCAGUGCUGCUCGGGCAGCUGCUCCAGGACGUGGGCGAUUUCGAUGUCGAGGCCCCAAUGCACGAGCAGCUUCUUCGUGAUCCGCGGGUCUACUCCCGCUUGGUCAAGCGGCUCGCCGACGCCGGGAUGGUGACCUACACGGACACCCCCCGCGAGAGGUGCGGCUUUUUCUUCGUCCGCAAGAAGUCAGGCAAGCAGCGCAUGGUGGUCGACUGCCGACGGGCCAACUGUUGGUUUCGACGGCCAGCCUCAGUAGCUCUUGCCACCGGCUCGUCUCUGGGCGAGCUGGCCGUGCCGGAGGGCAAGGAGCUCUACGUCGGCCACGUGGACAUCUGCGACGCUUUUUACCACUUCGGCCUGCCCGAGGCGUUUCGGGAUUACUUCGCCCUGUCGUCCGUGAAGGCCGGGGACUUGGGGACGGUGCGGCUUCGUGAGCGGCCGCUCCAGCCUGGGAGCCGCAUCUGGCCGGUGCUGGCCGUGCUCCCGAUGGGCUGGUCGCACGCCUUGUACUGGUGCCAGACCAUCCACCGAUCCAUUGUCAGCUCGAUUCCCGAGCUGAGUGACGUGCCGUUCGUCUCCGACAAGAGUGUCGUGCCGGGGGCGCAGCCGCUGGCGAUGACUAUAUACGUUGACAAUUUUUUGGUUUUGGGCACCGAUCCCGAGUCGGUGCGGCGUGCCGUCACUUUAGUCAACGCGGCCUUGACACAGAAGGGCCUCCCCACUCAUGAGGUGUGCAUGUGCGAUCACAAUGCUGACAUUCUGGGCUGGGAGAUCCGGGUACCCCUCUGGGAGUCAGUUCGCUGGGGGCUGAACACCUUCUCGAGCCUUCUGGGGAUGAUCUCGCGAAGUCUGUUGGUUGCCUGGAGUCCGACGGUGAUGUGCAGUGACGCGUCGUUCUGGGGCUUCGGGCUGGUCAGCAGGGGCUUCAAUGAGGACCUUGUGGGCUCCGUGGGCGGCUUCUCGGAGAGGUGGCGUUUCCUGGAGGGCAGCAAUGUGCAGUCUAGGGCCUGGGCUGGAGUCGGCGAGGGGCCUCUCGAGAGCUCCAAGGAGUUCCAGGACAUCGUGGGCUCGGAGGAGGCCUGCAUCAACGCCCGCCAGUCGGCCGUCAGUCGCCUGCCUGCUGAGUUUCGGGAAGAGGGUGGGGCUGUCGCGGGCUCGCACAAGUGGGGGGGCCCGCCCGACAACAUCGUUGAGGGGGAGGAGUCUGCGGGGCCCUCCGCGCAGUCGCUGCCCAUGUCGCGGCAACAGGCCUCGGCCUCGCCGCCCGGUGGCUACCCAGCGAGUGGAACUUCGCAGACGGUCCGUCGCGAGGCCUCUGGCAUGCUGGAUAUGCCCGCGCAGGAGGCGGCGGCGCUGACGCGGAGGCGACCUCGGACGGAGGCUGUCGACGCCAGCGCGCUGCCGCGGACGAGGGCUCUGACGAGUCCGCCGGCUGCGACGGCGCCGCGCCUCCGCCGCCUGCUGGACGAGAUGGGCCCGAUGGGCUCGGGUGGCCCCCUGCCGCCCUCGGGCUCGACGGGCCUGGCAACCUCGCAGGGCGCGAAGCGGCGGAAGCUGGCUCGGCGGCUCGCGAAGCUCACCGAGGAGGGCUCGCGGGAUAUGUUGAGAAGGAGCACUGUUCGCACCCAGACCGUCAGGACCCGCUACCAGCAGUUCGACGACGAGUUCGACGAGUGGAUGGACGAGCAGGGCCUUCCGCGCCGGCCUCGCUUCUCGGUCGACCACGGCGAGGUGGGGCCGCUCUCGGCCUCGGACGUCGAGAGGAUCGACUUGGCGCUCGCCGAGUGGAUGCUGUCGCAGUACCUCGAGGGAGUCGACCACUGGCGCGGGGUGCAGAUGUUGGCGGCGCUGCAGUGGAGCGACCCGCGGCUCGGCCGCGACGGGUCGGCCUCGCUGCCGGCGGCGCGCCAGACGCUGCGGGGCUGGAAGGUUCUGACGCCUCUUCGGGCGAGGCUGCCACUCCCCGAGGAGUUGGUGGCGGCCAUCGCGUGCGAGCUGGUCCUCAUGGGCCAGUGGGAGGCGGCUGCCUGCGCGGUGCUGUCCAUGGUGUUCUACAUGAGGCCCGGCGAGUGGGGGCGGGUGCUGGCGCGCCAUGCCGCCCCGCCGCGCGCCGCCGGCAGCCUUGCGCCGCGGCACUGGGCGCUGCUGCUUCACCCGCACGAAGGCGAGGAGGCGAAGGCCAGCGAGACCGCGGAGUUCGACGAGAGCCUGGUCCUCGACCUCGACUGCGACCAGUGGUUGUCGGGGGUGUUCCAUCGCCUGGUGGCCGGCCGCAGCGGGGACGAGCCGCUCUUCCCCAUCGCAGCGACGGAGUUCGCGACGCUGUUCAGGCGGGCAGCGCGGCGCCCGGGGGUCACGCCCGACCCCGUGCCGCACCUGCUCCGCCACACGGGUGCCAGCAGGGACUUCGUGAACCAGCUGCGGCCGCUCCGCGAGGCGAAGAGGAGGGGCCGGUGGAAGACCGACGCGUCGGUGCGGCGCUACGAGAAGGGCGGGCGUCUCAGCGAGCAGUUCGCCCGCCUCCAAG